AUGAAAAAUAUGGCAUCAAAAAUUUAUACGUUACGUUGUGGUGCUGGUCAAAAUAUCAGCCGUCUCACUGAGUGCACACUUUUUAUUGGAAAUAAAUGGGAUCGCAUAGACGAGAAAGAGAAACCUUCGGUGAGAUAUGUUGCCAAAGAGCUCAGUGAAUGCUGGGAUAUAGCAAAUAUCAACAAACAUUUGCUACUCAUGUCGGCAACAGAUGCUAUAAAAGUACAGCGCUAUGGAUUAAUUACCCCAAAGUUUAAAUUAUUGUUGAAAUUCCAACAUUGCUUUGAAAUUUUAAUUUUCAUUUUAUAUGAAACUGAUUAUGAUGUUCAGUGGUUGGAUUUCAUACUAUCAAAAAUCUUCAAACAUGCAGAUUCCUUUAUCAUCACUGCAAAUAAACAACGGGAGAUUUUUGCACGGACUCAAACAAUCAAAGAACGAUCAAAUAAACUUCAAGCGAAAGAUAAAAGAGAACGAGCAACGAUGAAGUUUGAGUUACAAAGUCAAAUGAAACGACUUUCUAUGGAAAUGAAAGAACAUAUUAAAUCUGAGAACUUUAUGAUGCAGUUUGUUAUGUGGGAAAAGGCUGAGAUAGAAAUGAUCUUUCAUUUCUACGGAAAUAAUUUCGAUAUAACAAGAGAAAGUGGAAAACGCAAUUGUCAGAAGAUUUUCACAUUGAAUUUGUUGGAAGAAGAGUUUGAACGCAUCGUAUGUGAUGGAAUCAAUAUCGAAAGGCAGGUCGCAUAUCUUAAAAAUCGCAGUCAGCCGUUGCCAGCUACUGUUCUAAUGGGAUCAUCCGCUGCAAUUUGGACUCCAAAUGGUACAUUAGACGCAAAGCCCUUGGGUGAAAAGGGGGUGCGCAAGAUAUUUGCGUUUAGAAAACGCCGCACAUCACGAUAUGCAUUGAGGAUGUUUAAACAGAUCAAUCUAUUGACGUAUUUCCAAGAUCAAUCAGAAAAGUUUUUGAACGCAAAAAUAUCAAUUGCAAAUAGUAGAGUUCUAGACGAAGCUAGGGAGCUUGUAAUGAACACCAAAGAGGUUGUGGAUACAUAUUCCAAACUAAUUCCACUUAUCAUUAAUGCUGACAGAAAAAUUGUUGAUCAAUUGGACAAUAGAAUACAAGAGCAGGAGAAACUGUUGGUGCGAUAUAAUCCAAUACGUGACAAGAGCGAAGAAAUGAGAAAAGAAAUUAUUCCUUUAGGAAAAGAACUGUUUCCAGAGACAUUGGAUCAACGUGAUCUCAAGUGGAGAUCUCAAAAAGAUUCUCACAUUGGUGGUGGUGAAUUUGCUGAAGUUUACGAGGGAGAAUUAACAACUGUCUCAAAAUCAACUUUCACUGUUGCUGUAAAGGUGUUCAACAAGCCUUUUGAUGACAUAAAUGCAAGAUUCUAUUUUAAUGAAGAAAUAAACAUAAGGCAUUUGAAACAUAAACAUGUUCUUGAGCUUUUGGGUGCAAUCAAGAAAAAACUUCCUCGAUACGACUAUAAAUAUGUUUUUGUAAUGCCACGGUGUAAAGGAAAUCUUCGAAAGAUUAUUUUUGAAGAUAAUGAAAAGAACUCAACCAAAUCAAACAAUGAUGCAACCAUGAUGUAUUUCAAAUGGGCUAAGCAAAUUGCUGAUGGACUAAAUUACAUCCAUGAUAGAGGACUUGUACAUCGUCAUUUAAAGUUGGAAAAUAUAAUGAUUAAAGAAAAUGGUGAGGUAGCGAUAUCAGACAUUGGAAUUGUGGGUCAGUUCAAGGAAACUGAAAGAAGUAUAAUUUACCAUGCACCAGAAGUACUAGAGAACUUGGAAAAUUUGACAAGAGCAGCUGAUAUUUACAGUUUUGGUAUCAUGCUUUGGGAAAUGUGGUAUGGUGUCGUGGCUUUUCAAGAACUUAUGCCGAUUGUAAAAGAGGAAUUCAAACCGAAGAUCAUUAAUGGUUAUCGUCCUAAAGGAAUUCCCGGUACAGUCAUUCCAGCAAAGGCACAAGAAAUUAUGAGCGAUUGUUGGUUGACAGAUCACAAAAAGAAUUACAGCUCAAGAUUGCUUGGAACGAUUGAAAGAUGAAUUGCGUGCUUUCGAGCACAAACGUCAAUCAGAGACUCCAUCUCGAAAGAAGAAGUGGGAGAGUGUUUCCGAUCUAAUGAAAGAAGAAACUGAAAUUCCAUCAUUGCAAAAGUCAAUUUCUCUUAUUGGUGGAAAUCAUUUCUUUGGUGAUCACAUGACCGUUAACGUGCAUUGCUCCAAAAGUUAAAAUUUAUGAGCCUUAAAAGGCCAAGAACUUUUAUUUUUUUGGACGGUUUAUUAAAUUGUAUUCUUCAUAAUUACGGUAAAUUUCUCUUGUAUUCUAUUUGUAAUGUUGGAAGCAGUAGCAGCUUUAUCUAUAGAAGGUAAAACACGUAUUACUGACAAGCAAAGACUAAAAACUUGUGGUCUUUACUAUAGUAAUUACAGGAAAUCUAGUGAGUUAGACAAAAUAUUUAUGCUGUGUUACUUAAGUGAGAAUUUAGAGUAAAUGCUAAAGCUAAAGAUUGAUCCGUUAAAAA